AUGAUCGAUGACACGGGGAAUAACACCCAGAUUGUAGUGGCGGCCAAACACGGUUUUGCUACCAUGGACUACCAAUCAGGUGCCUUGACUUAUAUCCAUCGCACGCAUAUCUCUGAGGAGCAAGCGUAUAGAAUGCGCUUCAAUGACGGCGCGGUCGACAAUCAAGGCCGCUUUUGGGCAGGCUCAAGUAUCGAUCACAAGUAUGUCCAGGGUAAACACGCGGGUACUCUCUACCGACUAGACUCAGACAUGAGUUUACACGAAAUGGUGCAUCAAAUAACGACGCCCAAUGGAAUGGGCUGGAAUAGCGCCGACGACACCAUGUACAUCACCGAUUCGCCUCACGGGAAGAUAUACGCCUAUGAAUUCGACGCGCGAACAGGGUCGAUCUCCAAUAAGCGCGAUUUCCUUACUCUUGAAGCCAACUAUGGCGAACCAGACGGAUUCGCUAUGGAUGUAGAGGGGAAUCUCUGGGUUGCUGUGUGGCGAGGCAGUCGCAUCAUUCGAGUCAAUCCAAAGGGCGAGAUUACCGGAGAGAUCUUAUUCCCUACACGGUUUGUCACUUGCCCCGAGUUCGUGGGGUCGGAGCUGAUCGUAAUGACGGCCAUGGAGCAAGAGCCAUAUAAAUAUCCGGAGUCAGCUAGAUGUGGUGGAAAAGUAUAUAAAGUGGAUGUUGGCGUACGAGGGAAACCUCGAAAUGCCUUCCGGAGACGAUCUUGA